AUGGCUAAUGGGUUUAUUAAACCUGAAGGUAAUUUAGAAGUGGAGGAUGUUGGUUAUAAGGUGUGGAAAAAAUUAUAUGGUAGAUCAUUUUUUCAAGAAGCAAAGUCUGAUGAGUUUGAUAUCAUUACAAGUUUCAAGAUGCAUGAUCUAUUUCAUGAUGUUGCACAGUCUAUUGUGGGUGAAGAAUGUGUGGUUUAUGGGAAAACAAAAUUGACUGAUUUAUCAACUAAAGUUCACCAUUUACACUCGUUCAUAUCUAAUGAGUAUGAGUCAGUUACUAAGACUUCCUUAGAUAGAGUUGAAUCAUUGCGAACUUUUCUUGAUGAUUCGUAUUGUUACGAUAAAAAUGUUCCUCUAUUGCCAUUAAACAAUAGUCUCCGAGCAUUAAAGAUAUCUUCUCGUCAAAUUCCACUUCUCAUGGAUUUAACACAUUUGAGGUACUUAAAUCUGCGUAAGAGUUAUGUCACAUGCUUGCCUAGAUCUAUUUGUAGGCUUAAGAAAUUGCAAAUAUUGAAACUAGAAGGAUGUUCGGCCCUUGUUAGGUUGUCCAAACACCUGACACAAUUACAAGAUUUAAGACAAAUUCUGAUCAAUAGAUGUGGCUCAUUACUAGUGACACCUCCCAAAAUGGGCAAGUUAAGGCAUCUAAAAACACUGAGCAAAUUCAUUGUGGGUUCAAAGUCAGGAUAUGGGUUGGAAGAGUUACAUGGCUUAAAGUUGGGAGGCAAGCUGCACAUCAAAGGCCUGGAGAAUGUCCCAAGUGAAGGGAAUGCUAAAGAAGCAAAUUUGAUUAGUAAGAGGGAGCUGAAUCGCUUAUACUUGUCGUGGGGUCGUUCAGAAGGUAGUAAUGUUAAUGCUGAGCGAGUACUUGAAGGCCUUGAACCUCCCUCAACUCUCAAAAGUUUUGGGAUGAAUGGAUACAAAGGAAAACAGUUAUCAAGAUGGAUGAGAAACCCUUCAAUUCUAAAGGACUUGGUAGACAUUAUACUGUACAAGUGCGUGAACUGUAAGGAGCUUCCCCCACUUGGUAAGCUAGCACAUUUAAAAAGGCUAUAUGUACAUGGAAUGAAAGAUGUGAAGCAUAUAGACAGUGAAUCAUACGAUGGCGUGGAGGAGAAGGCCUUUCCAUCGUUAGAGGAAUUCGUCAUGAGGAAUUUACCAAAUUUGGAGAGGAUAUUGAGAGAUGAAGGAGUAGAGAUGCUCCCUCGUCUUUCGAUAUUACGUAUUAACGGUGUCCCCAAACUUCAAUUCCCAAGUCUUCCAUCUGUAGAGGAACUUGAUGCUAGAGAGAUUGAGAACGAGGGUUCCUUCAUGGAAGGGGUUGUGGGAAAUUUGCCUCGUCUUAAGUCUCUGUACAUUAUCUCCUUUAGCAAACUGAAGGUACUACCAGAACAACUUGGCAGGCUUGGUGCAUUAGAGGAGUUAAUGAUAAUUGAAUGUGAUGAACUGGAGGCUUUUCCGGAACAUGUGCUGAAAGGUUUAACUUGUCUUCGAAGAUUGGAAGUUUAUAGGUGUAAGAAAUUAAAAUGGUUAGGUGAAGGUUUGGGGCAUUUAGCUUGUCUUGAGGUUUUUCAUGUUUCGAGAUGUCCAGAGGUGGUGGCUCUACCAAGCAACAUGAACCAACUAACUGCUCUUCGGGAAGUGACGAUUAGCGGUACAUUACUAGAAUGCUUACAAGGUGUCCUCUCCCUCCAACGAUUGGUUAUAAAACAUUGUAGUUCAUUGCCAGAGUGGCUGGGAGACAUGACUUCUCUUCGGGAAUUAAGGUUAGCGAGAUGCAGUGAGUUGAGGUCACUACCAAGUAGCAUUCAACGCCUCACCAACUUGAGUCACUUAAGUAUUGAAGAUUGCCCAGAGCUGGAGAAGCGAUGCAAGAGGGAAACAGGACAAGAUUGGCAGUACAUAGCUCACAUUCCUCAAGUGAGAGUGGUCAGCUCCUCAAACACAAUAACGUGUUGUGACACAAUCCGAUACAUCUGGACAGCCUGCAACACGGCUGGAAUGUGCUCUGCUUUAGACUUUUGGGAACAUGAUACUCCAAUGAAUCAAUUUGACAGGAUUGUUGAGUAAGUUACGUCCAAAAUUGCCAAGCAGUUUAUU